AUGUUAGCUUUGUUCUUUGGAACUUGGUACGUUUUAAAACGCUUCCAAAAUCCAAUUCAAAAUGGCGACUGCGCGACAUUAAACUUCCUGCCUCAAAAUGGAAGUUUAACAGUGUACAACAGAGCCGUGGCAAAUAAUUUCCUUAAUGAGAUCAAUGGCACAGCUACACUGCAGAAUGGAACCGCGAAAUUCUCCGUUUCCAUCAAUGGCAUCAGUCAACCUAUGGACUUCUGGAUUCUUCCAUCCGCGCUGUAUACAAUGAACAGUUUGGGUUACUCCUGUGCUAAUUUGAAUAGCACACACAGAAACGUUUACAUAUGGCAGCUAGGGAGAUCGACAGUCAGUGGAGAUCUGAUUGAGGCGAACCUGAAUCAAACUCUCCUAAAUCUAUUGGGUAUACGGAUAGAUAGCCUGACGGUGGUUGAUCAUUCAGAAGCCGCUUGCACAGUUCUCCCGGAUAUCCAACCAGGGGAACCGGUUAUCCUAGAAGGUUCAUGUAAUGAAAACAUAAGAGUCGUGCAGAAUUUCAAUCCCUCCGCCUUCACUGGUGUAUGGCACCAAAUAGCAAGCUAUGCUACAGUAAACGAAAUUGGAAGCUGUCGUAAAGCCGAGUACCGGCUCGUCGGUUCAGCAGUAUCAGUGACAAACAGUGAGGUAGUUAACCAGGCCCUUCGAGUUAUAUCUGGAAAUGCUAGUGUCUCCAGCAAUGAUGGCAGCGCUAAACUUCAAGUCACUUUAGAAGUACUGCCUGGAACAUUCUCAAACAGCUCUCUGUGGGUGCUGGCUACAGACUACUCGAGCUAUGCCAUUUCUUACACAUGUGUUAAUCUGGCCGAUAACCGCAGACGAGUUAAUUCCUGGAUUUUGAGUAGAUCGCGUCAGUUGUCUCAAUCAGCGCAGGUUGCUGUUGACGACGUAAUACGUUCAGAGGUGGAACUCAACACUCGUUUCUAUGUCCAAACUAAUCAGUCUGAUGAUGGUUGCUUCUACUUUCCGGAACCGUCAGGUCAACGCGUCAUCUUCCCUGGACAGUGUGACGAAACCAUUCAAGCCAUAGCCAAUUUCAACGCUACCAGGUACAUGGGUCGUUGGUACAACAUUGAGUCUUACCCUGCGACUUCAAUAAACGGCUCUUGCUCUAAAGCCCUGUACACGCUUGUAGACAACUAUGUACAGGUCAACAACUCACAGGUUCUUAACCAGAGGCUGUACAGCAUAACUGGUACCGCUGUUAUAAAUAGCACAGAUAAUUCUGGAAAACUUUUGGUUUCUUUUCCCAGCACUGGUAAUACUCCAAACACAGCAAACUAUUAUGUUCUGGACACCGAUUAUGAUUCUUACGCAGUUGUUUAUAGCUGUGAAAAUAUAAACUCAGAGCAGAGACGUGUUACUGGUUUCAAGCUUGGACGUAGCAAGCAAUUAAAUAGCUCCGCACUAGCUGCUAUUGAUAGAGCUAUGGGUCCAAUACCGGUUAUGGACCAAAGAUAUUUUGUACCUCAGAGCCAUUCUGAAGAGAGCUGUUUCUACAAUCCUGAACCUCAACAAGGAGUGCCAGUCGUCUUCCCUGGGCGAUGUGAUGACAAUAUAAAUGUCGUACAAAAUUUUAACUUAACAGAGUUCGUAGGAACCUGGUAUGAAAUUCAGUCAUAUCCUAUAAAAGAAAAACUGGGAAGCCAAUGCGUUAAUCAUGUCCUGACACAAGUUUCAAACACAACCUUAAGCUCCGUUAGCUCUUUCGUUAUUGACCAGUUCCUAAAUGUUGUCAAUGCUACCAUAAGUCUUGCUUCAAACAACAAUUCCGCUAAAAUGAUUAUGACACUUCGAUCUGAAAAUAAUGUAAAUGAAAUACCGUUUUGGAUAUUGGAUACCGACUACAGUAAUUACGCUCUAGCUUAUGGAUGCGUUAACAUAGAUGAAGACUACAGAUUAGUCUAUAGUUGGAAGCUCGGUAGAAGCCAACAACUGUCUCAGAAUUACAUUCAAUCAAUCAAUGACGCAAUGUCAAAUGUAAAUGUAUUGCAAGAAAGAUAUUUUGAAACUAAAAAUCACACACCUGCAUCGUGUUUCUUCUUGCCCGACAUUCCUAAAGGAGAGCCUAUCAUAUUGAACGGUCAAUGCGAUCUAAAUAUACCAGUGGUGCAAAAUUUCAAUGCUUCUGCGUACCUCGGCAACUGGCGACUAAUUGAGAGCUAUCCUAGCAACUUCCAAAAUGGUACCUGCAACAGAGCUAACUAUAAUCUCGCUGCAAACAAUACUAUUGUGGUUUCAAAUUCCCAAGUGAACAAUCAAUCGUUAACCGUUGUAAUUGGAUCCGCUUGGCUUCUCAGCAGUGGGAAACUUGAAGUCGACUUACCCGGCACUAACAGAACGAUCGAAUAUUGGGUUUUGGACACCGACUACUCUUCGUAUUCAUUAGUUUACAGCUGUGAAAACUUAGACGCAACACGAAGAAGAGUAUGGAGUUGGAAGAUGAGUCGAACCAGAGACUUAACACAGAAUGCUAUUCAGAAUAUUAAUCGCGUAGUUGACAGCAUAGAUGUUCUCAAUAAUCGUUACUACGAAGUCUUGGAUCACUCUGACAACGGAUGCUUUUAUUUGCCAACACCUAACCCAAAUUCGCCAGUCAUAUUCCCUGGCCAGUGUGAUCCUAAUAUAAAUGUUGUAAACAAUUUUAGAGCUACUGAGUACAUGAAUCUUUGGCAUAAUAUUGCAUCAUACCCAUCAGUAUUCCAAAAUGGUACCUGCAAUAACGCUAACUAUAAAUUACUUCCAAACGGCACUGUUGAUGUUUUAAACACCCAAGUAAUUAAUCAAACAUUAGACACUAUUAAUUUAUCUGGUAGACUAGCGUCGAAUGAUGGGAGUGCGAAGCUAAUUGUAACAAUCCCAGCUGGAAACGGAUUUCUUGAAUCACCUUACUGGGUACUUGAUACGGAUUACUCCUCUUACGCCCUUGUAUACACUUGUAUCAAUAUAGAUGAUGAAAGACGCCAAGUGUUGUCGUGGAAAUUAAGUAGAACAAAGCAAUUAUCAGCCAACGCAUCAGCAGCAAUCGAUAGAAUAGUCAACAAUGUUCCAGUUCUUAACGAACAAUAUUAUGUGCAGAACGAUCAAACAAAAGAAGGCUGUUUUUAUUACCCUGAACCUCAAGCAGGAGUAGUUGUAGAGUUCCCGGGACAAUGUGAGAAUGUACAGGGCAUUCAAAACUUCAACAUGUCUUUGUUCCAAGGUGUUUGGCAUGAAAUAGAAGCAUAUCCUAAAGAACAACAGUCUGGACAAUGUAUCAGCCACAACUACACAGUAACUUCGGCUAGGACUUUGAAUCUCUUGUCCAGAAAUGUUUUUAACCAAGAACUUGGUGUAACUAACAGCACAGUAACAUUUGCUUCAAAUCAGGAAACCAAUGGAAACUUAACAAUAACCCUUAAUUCUGGCGGACAAGUGAUCACAAUACCAUUCAUCGUUUUAAGUACCGACUACCAAAAUUAUGCGUUAGCAUACAGUUGUGUUAAUUUGACGAAUGAUUUCCGAAAAGUUUUCAGCUGGAAGCUUAGCCGUAACAAGUUUUUAAGCAAUGAAUCACGAUUGGCUAUAAACAACGCUAUGGCCAACAUCACUGUAUUAGAAAACCGAUAUUAUGAGAACAUAAAUCAAACAAAUAAUGCAUGCUUUUAUUUACCAACACCGGAGCCUGGUAAACCAGUGACUUUUGAAGGACAAUGUGAUGAAAGUAUACCCGUUGUUAGUAACUUUGCAGCUGCCAGGUAUUUGGGACGUUGGCUCCUCAUAGAAUCGUACCCAACAGUAAAUCAGUUGGGUGAAUGUAAUGAUGCCAACUACACCCUAAACAGCGAUGGUACGGUAGACGUAUACAACACGGAAGUCCUUAACCAAACACUUCUUACAAUCAAUGGAACGGCUGUCGUAGCGUCCAACGAUGGCAGUGCGAAACUCAAUGUAUAUUUCCCUACUACAACUGAACCAGCUCCGUAUUGGGUCCUAGACACAGAUUAUACUUCUUUCGCUUUAGUUUAUAGUUGUCGUAACAGUGGAAACAACAGUCGAACAGUAACAACUUUCAAACUCAGCCGCAACAACACUUUAAGUCCGGCGGCGAUUGCAAGAAUCGAUCAGAAAAUAAGUCAGAUUGAUGUUCUGAAUGAGCGCUACUUUAACAAAGUAAACAGGACUGAUGAGGCUUGUUUCUAUUUACCCACCCCUGGACCAGAGUCGCCAGUCUUCAGAGGUCGCUGUGAUGAAAAUAUUACUGUAGUCCAAAAUUUCAACGCUACAGCUGUAAAUAUUAUUUUUGAAUAA